GUUAAUGUCUCAGUGUUGGAGCUCUUCGGAUAGAGACACCAUCGCCUUGAGCCAUGGAAAAGUUUGUGCUUGUAUUCAUUUUUCUACUAGAUGUUCUGUGUUUGGGUACCGGUCAGCACCAUUUACGCACACGUGCCGGACCUUGGAGACAACGGAUUCAGUGGGAGAAUAACGGUCAGGUGUACAGUUUAUUGAGCACGGGGACUCAAUAUCGCUCACCUGCGCAGGUCAGAAGGCGAACUCAGCUUUUAUUGACAACUAAAAACACUUUUAACCGACUUCACCCUCCUGUUGCGCCCAGUAGAUCCACCAGAACCAGAUCUGGACUCCCCGAGGACGCAACUGGGGGUUACUCUCAACAAAACGACGUCAGCCAAAUGGACGCGUCGAUUCUUGGUGCGGAUGCGGGUCCGUAUUUACUCGCGUCUGGACGACCCGGGACACUCAGUCAGUCCCCACCGCGCAUCGCAACCACAGGAGAAGUUGUGGCUGUGGGAUACCGUUCACAGCAUGCACCGUCUAACGACAGUGCUCCAGCUUUCACCACCAUUCAGGAGUUCUCCGGCAGCGGAGUCCCGAGAGGAGGUCGGAGUACACCUGGAGAUGACGCUGGCGCACAACGGGCCACUGCCUCACCUGUAAGAUCACCCGACUUUACGCACAGGCGUGGCGGCACGACAAGAUCUGAGAGCACGGAGUCAACUGUCACAGGCGGAUGGCCCACGAUGGCCGAGGAUAGUGGGAAUACACGUCGCGUCCCAGCGCAAACCAGUUUAGGUCAAAGAGCGCACUCACUGACCAGAAUCACACCGGAGUCAAAUGUUUCUCCCACAGCGCUUUCCAGUAACUCCGUAGAAAUACACUUUCCUCGUCCAAGGCCCGACUCAACCCGGACUACGGACACGAGUGACCCACGAGAUCCGCACAGUAUUCAUCACAGAAACUCAGUUUUCUACGAUGUUUACCCACCAGACCGCAGAAACAGGAUCACCGUGCGCCCGGCACCUGGACCGGGAUAUGGCACCAGGUUCUUCCACAAUGGUCUCCCAGACUUGGUUCCUGACCCUUAUUACAUCCAAGCUGCCUCUUACAUCCAGAGGGUGCAGAUGUACGCACUUCGCUGUGCUGCUGAAGAGAACUGUCUUUCCAGGUCUGCGUAUCAUCCGAGUGUGAGGGACCUCGACUACAGAGUCCUGCUGCGGUUCCCACAGCGUGUAAAGAACCAAGGAACAGCAGACUUCCUCCCAGUGAAGCCCAGACAUGAGUGGGAAUGGCAUAGCUGUCACCAGCAUUACCACAGUAUGGAGGCCUUUAGUAACUAUGACUUGCUGGACGUCUCCACUGGACAGAAGGUUGCAGAGGGACAUAAGGCCAGUUUCUGUCUGGAGGACACGUCCUGUGACCCGGGAAUACGACGACGCUUCGCCUGCACAGUUCAUACACAGGGGCUCAGUCCUGGUUGCUACGAUACGUAUCACGCCAACAUCGACUGCCAGUGGAUCGACAUCACUGAUGUACCGCCUGGAAACUACAUACUCAAGGUGACAGUGAACCCCUCUCAGCUGGUUCAGGAGUCAGAUUUCUCCAACAAUGAGGUGCUCUGCGACAUCAGGUACACAGGAAGCUACGUCCAGGCAAGAAACUGCAGGAUCACUGUGUAA